CAGAUCGGAUCAGAUUGUGAUCUUGAUUUGUUUCUUCAAUUCUCUUCUACCCGAGAGAUCGAAGGAUCACUAUCUUCACCUAAUGACAAAUUCGCAGAUAUUUUUUGAAGAGUUCGAGGAAUUUAAGCGAGAGGUGUCGAAGAUGACGCUCCCUGUAAUGGAUGAGUUGGACAGAUUUCUGAGUGAAACAGAUAACGCAACUUUGAUUUUGCUGUUCAAUGAAUCAUCUCGGGGGAAUGGACCAGGUCUUUAUUCCUACACUGACGGGCAUUCCUCACAUAUUUUCCUAUUCAUUUCCUUUGGUAUUUUAGUCGUUGCGUCUUUCAUGUCGAAUAUCUUUGUAUGCUGUGUGAUUAUUCGAAAUAAGAAGAUGCACACUGUCACCAACAUGUUCAUGCUGAAUAUGGCUGUAUCUGAUUUGAUUUUGGUACUUCUCAACGUACCUCUGAACAUUGCCAGACAUAUCAUGGACGAAUGGACCUUGGGGAGACCACUGUGUCAUUUGCUCAACUACUCCUUAAUGGCCUCUGUCUAUGUAUAUUCCUUCACCCUAACAGCCAUAGCGUUAGAUAGGCAUCGUGUUCUUCUGUAUCCCCUUCAUCCAAGAAUUACAAAGAAAGAAUGUAUGGCUGUUAUGUUUUUGAUUUGGACAAUUUCGUUUUUGCUAGCCAUACCUUACGGGAUAUUUACAGAAGUGGGAUACGUUGAUAUUGUGUUUACUCGAAUACAACGCUGUAAAGCCAGUUACCCUAGUCCUAGUGGAACAUGGGAGCAAUAUGUCACGGUAUUUACUAUCAAUUUACAAUAUAUUCUUCCACUGAUUAUAAUUGGUCUGGCGUAUUGUCGUGUGGUACAUAAACUCUGGAUUCGAACCCAUCUUGGAGUUGUCACGGAAGUACAGAGAGUCAUUCAAAUUAAUGCAAAGAGACGGAGUAUAAAAUUGCUUAUUGCCGUGGUGGUCGUUUUUGCUAUAUGCUGGAUGCCACUUAAUUUAUACCACAUAUUGACUGACUUCCAUCCGGACACAACAGUGUUUUAUUACAGUAGCACUGUAUUCUUUAUCUGUCACUGGAUAGCUAUCAGCAGUACGUGUAUCAAUUCUGUACUGUAUUGUUGGAUGAAUCCAACAUUCCGCUCUCAGCUAAGACCCAUAUGUUGUGGGGGACCUCCAAGAAACCAAUUCGAACAAGAUUACUGUGAUGUUUACCUACAGAAUGUUACAUCUCGACAGAAUGUUCGAUAUUGUACUGUGAAUUCCACGUCUUCAACUGACGGCCAGCGUGCUGAACGCAUGUUGACAAAGAAAUUCUCAUACAAGAUAUCAUUCAAAUCAAAGGUGAAAUACAACGAAACUUAUCUCUAACAUUCUUAUUUUGUAGCUACAUGUUCUUGUUAUUCAUGUUGUAUACAUGUACAUGUAAUAUAAAAGUGUUAUAAAAAUGUUAUCAUA